CGGGAAAUCAACGUGCCAGUUCUCCGAUGACUUCGGUGCCGUCCGCACAUGCCUGGUACGCCGAUUCGUACCGCCGGAGAGACGACCAGACACACGAUCGUCAUACCACCGCCGUCAACCCUGCGUAGGUACCGUCGUGAGACACCGUCGCCGUCAAUUCACGUAUACCGUACGAGGGCUUUGACGAGCCCACAGGCAGUGUCGUCAUGCAGGUAGUGCGACAGUUUCGGGGACAGGCGUCAGCCACACGACGACGGUCGUAGCCGUGACACGCGUGUCAACACUUGUCUUCCGGACUUUCGCUUACCCCUCAGCCUAACCCAGUAUAACAUCCGAUUCAAGGUCAUCUGACUAUGGCGCGUCAGUACGCGAUGUUGACCGCAGUCAUAACCGUCGUACUCGGGACUUACACAACGGCGUCAGCCCUAGGGAAGGUAGAUAAACCUACAGUUGACGGAGGUGGUUGUCCUUCACCCGGCCUGACGCUGAAUGGCACUAGAGUUGUUCCACGGUCGGGCAUGUCACCGGACUUUUCAACACUGUCUGAGGUGAAAUUCCCAGCACGCCUGCUGUCCCCUUCUGGCAAGGGAUCGGCUUCAGUGGCGUCUUCGUCCUCCGUAGAUGCUGAAGCGCCGUCCAGGAUCUGCAAAAUAAAAUGCGUGUCGGGCCAAUGGGUCGGUCCCCUGUGCCAAGAAGUAAAUGGUGAUGGCAGAUUUCAGCCAAUACUAAAAUCAUGUGCAUUGGAAGAAGUGCCACCAAAUCUUAUUUUAUCAUUUAAAAAUCGGAUUAUUAUAGAACUCAAUACGACAAUACCACACAAUAGCACAAUAGCAGCGCGGUGUCAAGAACCUAUUGGCACAUACAAACUUAGCGGACCCCCAGUAUUAAAUUGUAGCAAUGGCAUUUGGUCGAGUCCAAUACCGAAGUGUCAACCAACAACUCUAUUCACUAAUUAUUCAGAAAACUCGCCUCCAACAAUUUUGGUACGGGUUCCAUCAGGAUCAGCAGCUGUCGACCAAAAUGGUGGACUAGUCGUUUUCCCUGGAUCAAUAUUACACUUAGAAUGUCUUUAUUUGAGACGACAUGGCGAUCCGGAAUGGACAUGGACAUCCGAGGCGGAAACUUAUCUUACCGGAUGGGCGAUAGGAAAUGACGAACGCAACUGGAAGUAUCGAUUAUCUAUUUACUAUGUAAAACAAUUUGAUACAGGCUCAUUUACUUGCACUACAUCACGUGGCAUUAACAAUACUAUAACACUACAAGUUUCAGAUAUUCAUUGUAAGCCAGUGCCCAGCAUGGAUCUCAAUCCUCAUCUCAACUAUAGAGCGAGUGGGCAUAGGCUUGGUCAGACAACAUACUUCAACUGUCCACCUGGAUUUUUCCUGAAAGGUUCAGCAAAUAUCACCUGUCUUCCUUCAGGAGACUGGUCGAAUUCGCCACCGGAUUGCAUCAUGGUUAAGUGUCCGCCAAUCAGCGUAGACGAUUCCAGGUUGAUCAUGGUUGAGUACAACGACACGUACGGCAAACGAGCAGCAUUCAAAUGUGCUUGGGGCUUUCAAAUGUCUGGUGUCAAUUCGAUUGAGUGCUUGGCGGAUUCCACGUGGUCGCAUCGAAUACCUACAUGCACGGAAAUUCUAUGUCCACCCCCGGUUGUGCCACUCAACGGUCUCCUGAUCGAAGAUUCAGCACCGGGACGUCAUGUCGUUGGUUCCGUGGUACAAUUUUCUUGCGGUGAAAAACAUCAGCUUAUCGGAAAACCCAGCAUGGUGUGCACAGAAAAUGGCACUUGGUCACACUCCACGCCAUACUGCAAAGCCAGAUGCGAAUACCCGGGCGAGCCGCCUAACGGACGUAUCAUACCGCUGAAGUUCUGGUAUGUGCCGGGUGAUAAGUUGAAGAUCACAUGCCUGGCAGGGUACGUCCUGCCACUGCCAUUGGAGGCCAGCCCACCUGUAUGCCUCGGCGACGGCACGUGGUCGCACACGCUGCCGGAAUGCAUACAGUACACAAACGUAUGAUCGGAUGACGGUGAUCCGAUGGAGACGACGUCGUGUCCGGGCGGACGAACACUUCGCGGUUUCGCGGACAGUGCGCUCUUCCACGACCGCCACAGACGGAUGUUUUAUAAUAUUAUUUAUAGUCAUAAUGCCGUGUAACAUGCGUCCAAUAUAACGAUAUUUGUACGUACCCAUCACAGUUGUAAUUUUAAUAUGACAUUGUAUUCUCAUAUAGGCGUAGGCGCAAACGGGGGGGGGGGGAGAAGUGGAGAACACGAGUGUGGCUCAAUUUUAAUGCCCCCCCCCCUCGAGAAUGUAUUAGAAAGGAUUACGAAUAUUACGGAGCGAUAUGUCAUAAAGGUAUAAGAAAUGUGUAAUUAUAUAAUUAUAUGUUUACAUAGUAUUUUAUAUAUCAUAAUAUAUUUAUUCGGUGAGUAUUGGCUACCUGCAUCGAAAUAUUACGUUUACCACGACAUAUUAUAGACACCGGUGGUCAGCAUCUUGAUUAUUCAUUGUAUACGUCAUUAGCGGACGAUAUACAUUUAUGUAUUCAUUACGCGUAUCAUGUGUACGCGAUACGUGUCUAAACAAAUCGAUCACAUUAUUUUGUUACAUUUUAGUCGUCGUCGUAAAUAUAAACAAAGUAUUACUUAAUUUUUUGUCAAAAAGUAUGCCACUUAAAAAAUAUAGUAAUAUUGCGGUCAAAACGGAGUGAUUAAAAUUAAUUUUAGGUCGUUGUUACUUGUACAAUAUUAUCAUAUCGAUUUGAUCUCAUCUCAAACUCCCUCCUUCAAAUAUUAAACUAUAUUUGCGCCUCACGUUUGUAUCUCACCACGUGAUAGUUAACUCAUCCUACUUCUGCAGUCCGCCACCGAUUAUGCAAAAUAUAACAAUAAUAUGCGCUAUAUAUACGUAACUACUAACAAUAUCGGUAUAUAGUUAUUUUACCGUCAAUCCCGACGUAACGACGCGACGUCAUCCUCAA